CCAAGAAAUACUCCUAUUAUGUGAUUUACCCUCAUGGCCUCGUUUUCUACAAGACCAUGGGAAAUCAAACGUUAAUCGAACAAUCAACACAAACGGCAAGCCGGUGAAUAUUAUCCGGCACCGGAGACCGACGAAAUAUGGAGAUGGUAGCAGCAACAGAAGUUAAUGGUGUCGGAGAAGACAUAACCCCACCACUCCGUCCUCUCGCUUACGCCCUCCAUCACUCUUUCCUCUUCUCCCACUGUUCCUCUUGCUUCUCCCCUCUUCCCCCCAAUCCUUUUACUUCUCUCUACUGCUCUCUUUCCUGUUCUUCUUCCCAUUCUCUUCUCCACUUCUCCUCCGCCUCCCACCACCUCCAUCUCCUCCUCUCCAACAACCCCCCUGCCAUCCCUUUUCAUGGAGAAACCUCCGACCUCCGUCUGGCCCUCCUCUUGCUUCUUCAAAUCAAACACCACCAACCCUUGCAACAAUACGAUAGGAUUUGUGGGUUGAUGAGCAAUCGUCACAAACUUCUUAUGUCUACCGAUGACGAUGAGUUUUCCACAAGAAUAAAGACCGGGGCGAGGGUAAUGGCGGCGGCGAUAAUGAUGAGAGACGGCGCCGCAUUUGACUUCGAAUUGUCUGAGGAAUGUUUACUGGAGGAGGCGGUGUUGUGCGUGGUGGUAACCAACGCCGUGGAGGUGCAAGAUAGUGUUGGACGUUCGGUGGGGGUUGCGAUCUAUGAUAUUUCUUUCUCGUGGAUCAACCAUAGUUGUUCUCCAAAUGCCUGCUACCGGUUCUUGCCGCCGGAGAGCCACGGUGGUGGGAGACGGUUUCUGAUCAGUCCAGCAUCCUCUGAUGGUUCCGAACCAAUUGAUCUUUCUGCAAAUUCCGAGCUCUUAAGAGGAUCGGCUGAAAGUUGUGGUGGUCCGAGACUAGUUGUUAGGAGCAUGAAGCCGAUAAAGAAAGGGGAGCAGGUAACGAUUGCAUACACAGACUUGCUACAGCCAAAGGAGUUGAGGCAAUUGGACUUGUGGUCCAAAUAUCGGUUCACAUGUUGCUGUUGUCGCUGUGUUGCAGUGCCUUUAGCCUCUGUUGAUCAGUGUCUACAAGAAAUUUCUGCCUCCAAUGGGAGGUUGUUGUCUCAUGAUGUGGGAGUAGAAAGUUUUACAGAGUACAUAGAUGAUGCUAUCGAUGAUUAUAUAUCUUCCAACAAUGCCGAAUCCUGCUGCAAGAAGCUGGAGAAUGCUCUUUUGAAUGGAUUCCAAUAUGAACGACUCAUAAUAAGGUUACAUCCCCAACACCAUCUUUCUUUAAAUUGCUACACGACUCUGGCUUCUGCAUAUAAGGUCCGUGCCAUGGAUGAAAAUCGGUUAUAUGCUUUAAAGAUGAACAGAUUCAGUGCUGCAUACUCUUUGUUACUUGCAGUUCUAACCCAUCAUCUCUUUCUCUCUGAAUCUUCUUUAAUUAAAUCUGUUUCAUAUUUUUGGAUCGGUGCUGGUGAAGCUGUACUAAAUCUUGCUAGAAGCUUAGUGUCUAAUUCUGGUUCAGAUUUUCCAAGCUGUAAAUGCUCAAGGUGUGGUUUGAUUGAUAUGUUUGAAGCUAAUAUUGAUCAUGGUCAUUGUCCUAACAAGGUUUUGGACAUAUCUAUGGAUUUCCUAAACUGCAUCAGUGAUAUAACCAGGAAGGUCUGGAAGUUUUUGGUUCAUGGAAAUGGUUAUUUGGAAGAAGUUAAAGAUCCUGUUGAGUUUAGAUGGUGGGAGACCAUAAAGUUUGUAGGUAAUAAUGGAUUUAAUCUGGAGGGAAUUAUGGAGGGCCAAGAAAGAGAUGAGCUUUUCGGGCUAAGUGGUCAUUGUUUGUUAUAUGGAGGGAUUUUGUCGAACAUUAGUGGUGGGCAUGAUUCACAUUUGAGUCGUUAUGUUCGACGACUUGUGUACGAUGGAGAUGGAAAAUGAGGGAAGACACUAUCGUGGCUGAAUGAUUGCGUAUAUUUAAGCUAGCGUUUGGUACGUACGUUGGACUAGACAAGAUGACUGGACUAGACAUGAGAAGUGUUUGUCUGGUGUUUGGUAUGACUACAACCGGACAAGGAAGGGCCCCGACAAGUUGAAUGUGUAUGUACUUAAGAAGUAUGAAUAAGCUGUACCGAAUGAUUGAUGAUGGAAAAAGAAUUAUAAGUAGAAAAACGAUAUAUUCAAGUUAAGAAACAUAAGAGAA